AUCGUGGGCGACCGAGUUUUUGCCGAGCCCGGCGUCGUGCCUCGUGGGUGGUCGUCGGAGCGAGUUUCCAACGUGGAGCGCAUUGAUCCUGAAGCACGCCCUUACCACCGUGAUGACCGAGCAGACAGAGGUCGGCGACCCGCUCAGGGCCCUGAAGCUGAUCGAGUAUCCUGCGACCGACUCGGGGGCGCGGAAUCGGAGCCGAGAUCGGGCGCGCCUGCGGGAGAUCGACCGGGCCAACCACUGCUUGGUGGCGCUCCGCUGCCUGGCCUCGGGGUUCGUCUCGAGCGAGGUCCUGGAGACGCGGCCUUCGGUCCCGAGGGGUUUGUCCCCCCAUCGUCUCAACGAGAAGUCGCUGGCGGCCGGGCUGGCUCAGAGGAUUCUGCGUGCUGUCCGACGGCGACUGCCUGCUGCAGACCGUCCGGUGGGGCGAGUCGCAUUCGAGCGGCUCACGGGAGGCGCCGCCAGCGGAAGCGGCCCCUACCCUGUGGGGUCGACCCCCACCACCCCGCCAACACUUGCAAAGAGAGGAGACAUCUGCCCCGCGGUCGUGGACGAGAUAUCGCUGCCGCCGGUGGGGACGACGGGCCUGAGGAUCGAGGAUGUCUCGCCGCGGGCCGCCGCCCUGCUGUCGGACUACCGGGGCACGAUGCUGAGGGGCGAGAUGGCGGAGGGGGCGUCGGGCAUCAAGCCGUACACCGACCCCCUCCUGAGAGUCAAGAAGAACAUGGUCAGGCUGGUCGCUCGCAUGGCUGCGGGCGGCAUGAUGGACACGUCGGAUGUUUGCAAGGGGGAGGUGGCGCUCUUCACGGUCGUCAAGAAGUGGGUCUUGGCGGAGGGCGCCCAGCCCAAGCGCAGCUCCCGACUGGUGUUCGACGAGCGCCUCGAGAACCUGAAGUGGCGGCGGCCGCCCUGGUGCUCCCUCGGAGCCGGAACGGCACUCGGCUUCGUCGACGCGAGCAAGGAGAUCGCCGAGGGCUACCAGGUGCUGGCCGCGGUCGGCGACAUCCCCGACUACUACUACAGGCUGCUGCUUCCGCUGGAGGUCGCGGAGCACUUCGUGGUGCCGGGCGUAUCCCCGGCGGAGGUGGCGGAGGAGAUGAGGGCGCGGGGGUUGCAGGUCCCAUUCGACGAGACCAAGGCCUACAUGGUCGUGCGGGCCCUGGUCAUGGGCUUCUGCUGGGCGGUCUACUUGGCGCAGAUCUGCCUGGAGGAUUGCCUGCAGGGGGCCGGAGGAUGGCUGCACGAGCGAAAUCGGCUGGCGUACGGCCUGCCCGUCCCGAGGAUCCGCCCGAGCGAGCCCGUCCACUGGCAGUACAUCGACGACUACGGCCUACUGGCGCUCGACGCUCCGGAGGCGACGGCGGAGGCCUUCGGUGCCGACGGGCUCGUCGGCCUCGCCAAGGCCAGGGGCGACGUGACGUCGCAGCUGAAGGAGCGGGGCUUGCCUGUUCACAAGGAGGAGUUCGGGAAGCAGGUCAAGACGCUGGGCUGGCUUCUGUCCGGCACCGAGGACGGGGACAUGUUCGUGGAGCCCGACCCCGAGAAGAUGGACAUGCUGGUAGAAGCCACGGUGGAGGCCUGCCGCCGAAGGACGAUCAAGGUGCGGGACCUGAUGACCUUGGUCUCGACCUGGACGUGGUUCGCGCUCGUCCAGCGGCCCACCCUCUCCAUCUUCGACGCGGUCUACAAGGCCAUACAGAAGUUCAAGGACGGCGAGGACGUGACGAUGUGGCCCGGGCUGAAAGGCGAACUGAUGACCAUGGUCGCUAUCAGGCCCCUGCUUUUCGCCCGACUGGGGCGGCCCUGGCUGGAGCAGGCGGGCAUGACGGACGCGAGCUUCUUCGGGGCGGGCGUCCUGGUCACCCCCUCCGGGAUCGACGAGCUGAGGAGGGAGGCCCGACUCGCAGCGCCGAAGGGCUGGUUCGCCGAGCAGGCGGAUCUCCUAGGCGAAGACAGCAGCGACGACGAGGAGGACCCGGCGGACAUCGACAACGGGCGCGACGCGUCCGACGAGCCCGAGGCAAGGAGGUCUAUGAGGCCCAUGGUCCCGGGCACCGAGGUGAACCGCACGGCCCACCUGUUCGCGGGGCACCGCCGACCCCUCGACUUCGAGGACCACCUGACCAGGAUGGCGCAGGAGCGGGACCGAUGGCUAGUCGUGGAGUCGAUCGACAAGGUGCUCCACAGCGACCACGACCUGCUCGACCGCAAGAAGGUGCAGGCCCUGUGCCGCCGCGCGCUGGAGGGCCAGUUCCAGACAGUGAUGGUGGGCUGGGAGCUGUUCGUCGCGACGAUCGAGUUCCUGGGCUGCGUAGUCAUCGGCGGGGGCCUCUACUCCCUGGAGCACCCCGAGGACCCUGGGCAGGAGCCGUACCCGAGCAUCUGGAUCCUUGCGGUCACCAUGGCUCUGGAGAACAUGGCCUUCGCCCGCGGCUCCAACGGCUUCGAGGCUGCCAAGAGGGACUUCUGGGAGAAGAUCAGGGAGGCCAGGGACCCCAACGUCAGCGACCGCGAGCUGCUGGGCGUGCCGGGCGAGGCUCAGCGGGCCUCGAGGGCGUCCUUCGACCAGUGUCGGGAGGGUCUGGCAUCACGGAAGCCAACUACAGUGUCCAGCAGCAUCCUGACGUUGGUCCGGGCGCUCGACGGCCGCAGGUGCGACCACGGCUGGCACCCGCCGCUGCAGGGGAAGCUUCCAGACGGCAGAUUCCGGACCUCGCUCGCCCAGAACUACCCGAGCCAGCUGUCGGAGAAGCUGGCCUUUCACCAUCUCGAGGCGCUCGACCUGGUCGUGCCCGGGUCACGGAAGCCGAUGCAGUCCCUGAGCGACGAGGUGGCGGUCCGCCUGGCCGCCUUCGCUACGGCGGGGGACGACCUCGCCGCGCAGAUUCGAGCGCCAGAGGUCGGGCCCAGCUGGGACCCGCUGGAGCGCUGGAGCGAGCUCCUGAGGGUCAGGUGGACGCGUUCGGAGCACCAGAAUGUCCUCGAGCUGCGUGCUCUCAUGCUCUACGUCCAGACCACCCUGAAGAAGAGAUCGGCCUGGGACAGGCGCCUGCUCGUAAUCACGGACUCGAUGGUGGCGAUCGGCGCGGUCUCAAAGGGCAGGAGCAGGUCCAAGUCUUUGAACACUCUCCUCCGCCGCCUCGCCGCCUACGCCCUCGGCUGCGGGUCAACGAUCUACCCGAGGUGGGUGUCGAGCGGGCGGAACCACGCGGACGGGCCGAGCAGAGGCUACAGCAAGGGCCAGGCGCCGAAGGAGAUCACAGAGCGCCUACGGCCACCUGUUCGUCAUGGCGUGUUCGUGGACGGAGUGCGGGUGACGGCGCCUGUGAUUGGGCAGACAUGA